ACGGCUAGGGAGUUGGAUGUCAGGCUUUUUCUGCCGUCGGUGUGAGAGCUGUUUUGUGAAGGGCCAUAGUAAAUUGGCUCAAAAACGUAUUUCCUAAUGUAAAGAAAAUGCUAAUAACUCUGUGCUACGUCUACCUCUGGGUGCGCUUUCAAAAGUGUUACACAGUGGUUAUUCGGAGCACCCUACACAGACUGUGUGGGGAGAGCAAAACCAGUGCUAGUAGCUUCGCAUUCUGUGCCUUGAAUCCAUCAGAGAAGUCUCUUCAGAAAGGACAUUCAACCUGCCAGUCAAGUGUCACUACGACGUUUUGUCCACCUCUCCCUGAAGAGGACGUUUUUCUCAAGUUGGGCGACAAGGCUAUUUACAUAACCGAACCUCAGGCAUGCGAUGACCUCAGCAAGUGGACUCUUUUGUGGGGGUCCUCUCUGAGUUGUGGCCCACGGAUAGAGAACAUUUCUUUCAUCAUAGAGGCUACAUCUGGACAAAGAGUGGGCAGCCAGGCUCCUCAUCAUACUACAAAAAAGAAAAAAGUGCUGAGGUGGUCAGACUACUGUCUCCCUCUGGCCUGUAGCCCAGUGCAGCCAUUCAGGGCUGUGGCUCAGGCUAGCGUUGACAACUUCAGUCGCCUUGGAGUGGCCUUUAUGGAAGACCGAUUGCAACUGGACAACGGACUGGUCCCUUCAAAGAUAGUCUCCGUCCUGCUCAGAGAAUCUGCACUUAAAGAACUUUUAGAGAAGGGAAAGUCCGUGAAACACAUUACUUCCCUCUCACUUAAAAAACAGACUGAGGUCAUCCUUUCUGAACCUUCACCCUGUGAGUGGGAGGUACUUUCAGAAAGAGGAGACGCCAGUCAAACAGAACAUAGGAAAGGCAGUCUGCUCUUACUGCCGGAGGUCCAGAGGCUUUUAGGGGAGAGACGAGGCUCAGAGCCCCUUCGAGGAACUCGCUCCGGGGUGGACAGUGAGGACAACUCCCUGGGCAACAACCACCAGCACAUGGAAGGCCAUGGCCACCACCUCCACCUGUCCAGCUGCCACGAGUGCCUGGAGUUGGAGAACAGCACCAUUCUCUCCGUGAAGUACGCCUCAGUCGACAAUAUCCCUGACCUUCCGGAUGACUUCGCCACGUGCACUGACAGCGGUGAUGAGACACUGGACGAGUUCGAGGAGGACGCCGCGGAGAGCUUCGUCGGUCAGAGCCGGCGGGUUAAUGUCAGUGGCAAGCCCCCCAAUGUGCUGGUAUACACGGGCGGCUGCCAGGAGAGGUUCCAGCGGGUACGUUCGCUGGUCGGCGAGUGCAUCGAUAUGUACAGCUACACAGUGUACCCCCUGAGACCCCAGCAGGCCCUCAGUGAACCCUGGCUAGAGAGUGCUGCCCUGCUAAUCCUGGCCUCGGAUGACCCCCUCACCCCUCAGCUCCAGGCCCGCUUCCUGGCGUACUUGGAGCUGGGUGGCAAGAUCCUGGGGCUGUCCUCCACCCUCUGUCCCACAGGGCUGGCCCUGGUGCCCAGGGAGAGCAGGAGGAGACAAAUCUGCCGGCUGAACUUCACCCGGGCGGAUUCCACAGAGCUGGACCUGAGUGUGCUGGCCAGUGGGAAUGUGUUCAUCAGGGAGCCCCAGAGUGGGGGUGGGGGCGAGACUGCAGAGGUGGAGUCGUGGGGAGAGUUGAAGGGGGGCGGGGCAGAUGAUGGCGACAAGGACAUGGUCAUCGUUAGGGUGACGACGUGUGACGGGAACGGAGGGGAGGCUGUGCUGUGUCAGGUGCACCUGGAGAUAGCCCCUGACUCGGAGGACAUUGCGUCGCUGCAGGGUUUUGAUGAGCUGAAGAUAAGCAACAUGCGGCGCUAUGAGGUCCUGACAGAGAUCCUCACAUCUCUGGGCUUGAGGUGUGAGCUGAGCCAAGCCCCACCCCCCAGUCCCGUCUACAUUCUUUCCACCUCUGAGGAGCACAGAGCCUGCUUCCUCAAGUGGCUGCACACCCAAGUAGACAAGGAGGGGUUACUCAAGUCGUCAAAGGCCUCACUCAAAGUGGUCUCCGGCGCGGAGCUCCAGGCUGGGCCUCCCCUGCUGCCUGAGGGGACCCUGGCCCUGGUCACGGAUCCUCCAGUGGCCCAGAGCUGCGAGUACUUUAGCCUGCAUACUUACAAUCAGCACUUACAGACUCGCAGGCUGGGGCACACUGUGCUAUACGCCCAUGUCAUCCCAACCACCAUGGACCUGCUUGAAAGGUUAAUGCUCCAGCUGCCUGAAGAAAUUGGUUUAGUGGCUGUAGCUGCUCAACAGACCCAGGGUAAAGGUCGUGGGGAGAACGCAUGGCUGAGUCCUUUGGGCUGUGCUAUGUUCAGUGUCCAUGUACAGGUGGCUGUGAGCUCCAGACUUGGCCAGAGGAUUUCCUUCCUGCAGCACUUGGCUGCCCUGGCAGUGGUGGAGGCCGUACGCACCCUGCCUGGCUACCAGGACAUCGACCUGAGAGUGAAGUGGCCUAAUGACAUUUACUACAGUAAUCUGAUGAAGCUUGGUGGAGUACUGGUGAAAUCAACAGUCAUGGGACCAACAUUCUAUCUCCUUAUUGGCUGUGGGUUCAACGUGAGCAACAGCAACCCCACCAUCUGCAUCAAUGACCUGGUGAUGCAACACAACCGGGAGCAUGGCACCAGCCUGGAGGCCCUGAGCUCAGCACAGCUCAUAGGUCGCACCCUGACUUUCCUGGAGGAGCUUAUAUGUGCCUUCCAGGAGCAGGGAUCAGAGGCUGUCCUACCCCUCUACUACAAGAGAUGGGUGCACAGUGGGACCCAGGUGCGUCUGUGGAGCGAGGACGGCCCCCACGCUGAUGUUGUGGGCGUAGACGACAAUGGCUUCCUGCAGGUACGCUCUGAGGAGCAGGGCGUGGUGUCUGUGCAGCCUGAUGGCAACUCUUUCGACAUGCUGAGGAACCUGGUGGUGGUCAAGCAACGCUAAGAAAGCCUCAAGGACGCGUGUGGAGUAGGCCCACCUGGAUGGCUGAAGGGCAUUUUAGCCAGUGGCAUCAGGAAGGAAUAUUAACUACUCUUAAUCUUCUAUUAGUGAGUUAAUCUCACAUAGCAUAUCUGAUAGGUUAAAAAACGUCAAACAGUUUUCAGUUUGAAUAACUAAUUUGCAGAUCUUUCAAGUACUUAUCUGCUAAUAGAAAUACAAAUGUUCUCAUGUUUUACUUUUACUGUAGAUAGGUUUAAGACUAUUGAAACCUAUCUAUUAAGCCCAAAUCAUCUGUCAUUUCUUUUUGAAUAACAUCCUUUAGUGUUAAGGUAGUUGUUUUUAAAAGUAAGUCUAAAGUUGGACUGUUAAGCUUAAUGGACUCCUAGUGGAAUUACUUGUAUUUAAUAUAUUACACAAUCAAAUUUAUAGGGGGCAGCUAAUGGGUGUCUAAAUUACAGACCUUUUUGAGCAACUGAAAAUUUGUUAUCUCCAUAGCAUCGUUUAAAUAUUUACCAGUAAUUUCAUUCAUUCGUUGUGGAGGAAAAAUGUCAACGCUGAUGAUUUCUUUUGUAGGGUCCCAUGUGAAAUAUUCUGUUACAACAAGAGUGCUAGCUGUCGACAACAUUGUCUUUUUUUUUCCAGAGGUGUUGAUGCGAGGGCUAUUUACAUGUUAAACAUCUUUAACUUGUCACUUGGAAACAUACCAAAACUGAUUUACGUAAAGACGUUGUGGUGCUAUUGACACAGGAGGUCACACUUAGAUGCAAAUGCAUUCACUGAGUACAAACACAUUGUGAUCGACUGCACGAAGGCUGGCUCAUAUCCCACAUCCUGGAAUGUUAAGCAUCGGUGGCUACUGGGCUACGGAUACAUCAAGCCUGUUGCACUGAGUUGUGUAUUAACUUAUGAUAAUACUCCAUCAAUUUAAGAACCCAAGAACUUGGGACUAGAAUGUUCUAGCUGUGCAAAUUGUGGUUCUGCGUUAUUAAUAACAACGUAUAUCACAUCCCAGAUGUCAGAAGUGAGUUAUUCUUUCAAAGUCUGGGUACAGCAAAGGUUCUAUUUGUACAGAAUGUAAAUUAUUUCAAUAGAAAGGCAGAAAAUGAUAAUGUUCAUUUAAUGUUAAUUAAAGAGAACGCCUUCCUAAUCUGACCCUGAAAUGUAUGAAUUGGUAUUCAGCACAUUUGUUAGAGUAAUAGUUAAUCGAUGUCAAGAGGACUAUUCAGUGGAAAACCUGAAACAUUGCUACAGUAAAGCUUUCCUCUGGAUGAGUAAACUGCCAAGUUAAUAGUCUCUGAUACCCAAUGUCAGUGGAAGGAUUGCUAUUGAUUUUAAUAUAAAUGCUCUAUUCUAUAUGUAUGAAUGUAUGUUUGAUGCACACAUUUACAGUAUCAUUAGUCUAUGUGACAGACUGCCAGUGUCAGAGGAUCAUAGCACGGGGGAAACAUCAGAUUGAGUGGUGGAAUGUUCUGGUCGUUAUUGACACUUACCUGUCUGAGAAUUAUUUGAAAAGUGUUUGACUGGUGUGGGAGUGGUCUGCAGUGAUCUUGCCUGCGCACUUCCUUGUCCUGAAGACAUGUAGGACCACAAUGAAAGGUAGUUGGCAGCUGAUGGAAGAGCAGAGGAUACCAUCUACGACUGAAGCUUAAAAGGCUGGUAUCGUUUUGAAGAUAUGAUUGAAGUAUGUACAUGACCAAUAACUUAAGUAUAACGUAAGACUGUUUAGUAAAGCAGGCUUAUUCAGACUUUUUCGCUCAGAAAUUGGUUUUGCUAAUCAUCUGCUCAGAAAAGGAUAAGAUGUGAAAAGUGGUGAUGUGAUAGAACAAGAUGCCAAUUAGUGGGAAGAAAUAUUGCGAGGACUUGCCCGUAAAUGCAGCCUAUGAGAAACUGUUGCCCCAAGUGAACAUGACUGCCCCAAAUUGGGAUCUGGCUCAUGGACAAAUGUGGACUACCCAAAGAGACACUUUGACCCUGUCGGAUAGAACAUUCUAGUCCCAGGAUUUCGAACUGUAAGGUCAUUCACAUCUUUAAUUUUAUGUUAGGGGUUAGAUUUAGAUGGAUGUUAUUUUACUGAUUAGGAAAUGAUCUUUUUAAGUUUCAGAGACUUUAAUUGAUACUCCAUAUUUAAAUUGCAUAUUUGUAACCAUGAGGUGAUCUGUAUAUUUUGAUGAAACACCAUUGAUUUAUCGAACGGCUAUGUAUGUUAUAAAGAAAUGCUAGUCGCAGUUUGGAUUAAAGCUGUUUUGUAACCUUUGAAAUGUCAAUUAUAUAACUUGUCAUAAAAAUUAUAUGUAAUGAAAUAAAUAGUUACUGCAUUUAGACAGUGAUUUAUCAUUUUCUCACUUGUAAUACUGUGUAGAUAGAUUUUUUUUCCCCAUGGUUCUUUGGUGUAAGAUGUAGACACAUUCAUUAAUACUCCUGAAGCAUUUUUGUUUUCUAGGUCUGUUCAAAUAUUAUUCUGUUAGCAACAACACAUUCACCCUUCUAUAAUAAUAAUACAUGACAUUUAGCAGAUAUGUUUCUCCACUGGAACUAAGUCAUAUGCACAUGUUUACUUAUGGGUGGUCCUGGGAAUUGAACCAACUACCCUGUUGUUAGCUCAAAAGACCACAUCAAAGUAUAAUCUAAAAAGGACAACAAGAAUAGAGGAAAUUAAGGUUCCUAUGCUCUGCUUUCUAAUGGCCAUGCCCCUUGAGCUGUACUUAAGAGAAUCUAGAUUUGAGUUCAUCUUCAUCCAGCAGUGGCUAUGAAAGGGGAAGGGGGAGAGCAAAUUCCCUCUUCCCGGUGGGGGAGUGAUGAGGUGUAGAAGAGCACCUGAGGUGCUUGGUUUAUCCCAGUGGUUUAUCCCAGUGGUCGUAAAUGACACUUAAUUUGUCUUCAGCACCUCAGGUUUUGAACUCAUCUCUGGUAGAUGAGGUGAAAAUAUGCAGGCAAGCUCCACAAAUGGAACACAAUCCUCACCUUACAGGCUCAUUCACCCUGCUUGUAUUUUAGGAGAUAUAUCCAAUAUGGUUUCAUCAAAGACAGUGUGUGAAUGUAGUACUGUACGUAUUCAGUGGAAACAUUAAAAUACCUUGUUAACUGCU